CUCUCACUUUCAUCCAUCUCUUCUCUCUCAGCUCUCUCAUCUUCAUUCAUCACAUCUCUCUCUCUCUCUUUCCCAGCACCCCAAUUAGGUAUACAAGUUGAUAUAUCUGCGGUCGCGAGAUCGACCCUCUGAUCGAACAGUAUGGGAGGCGCGUCGCCGUGUGCAUCCUGCAAGCUGCUGAGGCGCCGCUGCGCCAAGGACUGCAUCUUCGCCCCUUACUUCCCCUCCGACGACCCCCACAAGUUCGCCAUCGUCCACAAGGUCUUCGGCGCCAGCAACGUCAGCAAGAUGCUCCAGGAGAUACCGGUGCAACAGAGGGCGGACGCGGUAAGCAGCCUGGUGUACGAGGCCAACGCCAGGGUGCGGGACCCGGUCUACGGCUGCGUCGGGGCCAUCUCCUUCCUCCAGAACCAAGUCUCCCAGCUCCAGAUGCAGCUCGCCGUCGCGCAGGCCGAGAUCCUCUGCAUCCAGAUGCAGCAAGACCCCGCUGCGACCGGUCCCAGCCACCUGCAGCUCGACCAACAUCAGCAGCUUGAUGUUCACCAUAGUAAUCUUGACGACGCCAUGGACAGCAAGUCGCUUCUCCUGGCGAGCACAAUGGCUACCACCAAUUUCGGCGCGGUCCAGAACCAUCAUCAGUACCUCAACUUUGCUGCUUCGGGUGGGAACAGCGGAGUCAUGAUCCAGGACCCUCUCAAGCGGGAGUACCUCUGGACUUGAUGUCUAAUAAGUAAUAAUAUUAUAAUUUGUUCCUAGUAAACUAGCUAGCUCGCGAGUUGUUGGUCUUAUAUCACUUUCUUACAGACUCGUAUUAGGUUGGUUCGAGACUUUCAACUAUCCCGUUUUUUCUUCUUUUCGUCUUUGUUCUGGCUGGCGAGGAUUCGGUUUCUUUUUUCCUGUACAAAAUGAUGGACCUGUAGCUUUUUGUCAACGAACGCGUUGGGCGAUUAUAAAUUUGAUUACUUUGA